AUGGUAGAUAUUGGAGCGAAUGGACGAAUAUCUGAUGAUGGAGUUCUGCAGAAUAUGAUAUUUUGCCAAAAUUUGUCUCAAAACCAAUUAAAUAUUCCUAUUGCACGUGAAUUAUCCGUCUCAAAUAAAAAGUUAACUUACGUAUUUGUCGGUGAUGAAGCUUUUCAACCACUGCCAAAUUUUAUGAAACCUUACAACAGAGCAGCUGUCACUGUAGCUUCAGUAAUAACAGAUCGUUUAUGUAUACAAAAUGGUAAACCCGCCACUGAUUUGUCGGCUUAUCAUUUAUUAUCAUGCUGUGAUAACUGUUGUGGCUGUAAAGGUGGUCAUAUUUUAAAUGCAUGGAAGUAUGCUAUGAAUGAUGGUUUAGUGACAGGAGGACCAUAUAAGUCAACUAAGACGUGUCAACCAUACUUAAUUGCCCCUUGCCAUGGACCAAAGAGACAAUUUAGUCAUUGUGGAUGGCGAAGUGAUAUAGUGCCAGACUGUUGGUCAACUAAGUGCAGAAGUGGUCUAAGAAAUAAAGAAAAUGUUCAAUUUGGAUUAAAUUAUCAAAUUAUGGAUUAUGAAUUAUUACCGCGUAAGAAUCAUUUUGCUAUAAUGAGAGAGAUUUAUGCUAAUGGUCCUGUUCAAGCUUCUUUACACUUUUAUGACGAUUUAAGAUGGCAUUCUGGUGGGAUUUAUAGACACAUAGCAGGUCAUUUCGAAGGAGAACAUGCUGUCAAAAUCAUAGGAUGGGGCCAAGAAGACGAAGAAAAAUACUGGUUAUUAAUGAACUCAUUUGGAAGUGUAUGGGGUGAAAAUGGGACUUUUAAAAUACCUAAAGAUCAAAGUGAUAGAUGCAUGUUUGGUUAUGCUAUAAUUGCACCAAAGUUGAAUGAGACGAAAUACUUUAAUUCAAAUUCGCUUAAAGAAUGCAUAUUACACGUGUUAUAA